ACAUUCGGGGUCCAGAAUCCAGUUGAGUCCGGUAAAAAGUUUUGAAUGAGGAAUACCCCUCUCACCUCUUCUCUCUCUCUCUCUCUCUCUCUCUCAACUUUCAGACGCUCGAACUGAGGCCUGACCGAGCUUCUUCAAUCAUGAAUGGUGUCGUUAACUCAACCCUAGUUCACACUUCUCUCUAGGGUAUCUAUUUCAACUUCGUCUCUGAAGCAAUCUUUCACUCUCGGAUAAAUGGAAAGGAGGGGAUUGGAUGGACCGGUCGUGCCUUCGAAUUCCGUCGACGGCGGCACCGGCAGAACAUCUGCUCAUCGUCUUCAACAACCAGACUACAGCGAAAAAUCCGUUCAGGAAGCACUGGAACACUUGGCAUCUAUUGACCUGAUUGAGUUGCCUAUUGAAGCAAAAGUUGAGCAUUGUCGAGCUACUAGAGACUUGAGAAGCUGUGGACGCUCUGUAGAAUGUGUGUUGAACUCAUGUGGACAUGCCUCCUUAUGUGCAGAGUGCAGUAGACGGUGUGAUAUUUGCCCCAUUUGUAGGAUUCCAAUACCAAAGAAGGGCAAUAUUUUUCGACUUCGCCUUUACUAUGAGUGUGUAGCGGCUCAUCUUAUCUCCAAAGGAGAUGAUGACAGGUUCCAAGAAAAACAAAAUGGCAAGAAUCAACUAAUUGCGGAUGUCCAACGGCUUUAUUCUUUGUUUGACGUUGCCAUUGAUAACAACUUGGUUUCUCUGAUAUGCCACUAUGUUACAGAUGUUUGUAUGGAUGAAAGUGCUGUGUCUAGUGAUCCACUCAUUGCUUUCUUGUUGGAUGAAGUGGUGGUUAAGGACUGGUGCAAGCGGACAUUCAAAAAUAUUAUUACAGAGCUUCAGGGGAUAUAUAAGCUUGCAUUACAAGAGAUGAAAACAAUGUUGGGAUCACUACUAAAGUCUUCAGUAAAGUUGGUUGGCUUAUCCAAUGUUCUUGAAGUUUUGGAAUCAUCAUUUAGGGACACUCUUUCAGUACAACUUCAUGAUCUGCAUGACCUUCAAGAUAACAUAUUAAAGACAAAGCAGCAUAUAGAGAUGAUGAUAUGGUGUUUAAGGCAUCAGUUUCUCGAGAAUGUCAGGUCUCGUCAUACUAAUAUCACAUCAUGGCGUUCUCAUGUCCGUGAAAGAAAAUCAGCUGCAAUUAAGCAUUCAUGGCCUGAUUCAGUAAAUCACUCUGCUGAUUCCAUGAGACGAGAUGGUUCCACACUCUUUAUUGAAGAUGCACUGUCAAAUCUUGAGAUAGAACAGGGAUACUCGCAUGAAACGGCAGGUGAAUUAGAAAUUGCAUCUUUGCAAAAGGAUGGCGGCUCAUCGUUUUUCAGAUCUACAAUAGAGGGGAUGGCGGGAUGCUAUCCAUUCGAAAAUCUGCGAGCCGCCACCGACAUGCUUUUUUGGCAUGGAAGUUCUGAUUUGGUCGUGGCAAAGCAAGCAAUUUUUCUUUAUUACCUGUUUGAUCGUCACUGGACAAUUCCUGAUGAGGAAUGGAGAUACGUUGUGGAUGACUUUGCGGCUACAUUUAGUAUCUCGAGGCAUUCCUUACUUGAAUCUUUUACGUUUUAUCUUCUGGAUGAUCAUACGAAUGAGGCUCUGCAGGAAGCUUGCCGUCUUCUUCCAGAAAUUUCAGGCCCAACAACUCAUCCAAAGGUUGCACAAGUUCUUUUAGAAAGGCAAAAUCCUGAUGCAGCUCUUAUGGUUCUAAGGUGGUCUGGGCGUGAUGGUGGAUCACAGUUGGUUUCACUUGGUGAGGCUAUCACUACAGUUCGAGUGAGAGUGGAAUGUGGACUUCUGACUGAAGCAUUUAUGUACCAGAGAAUGCUCUGCACAAAAGUCAAGGAGAGGAAGUUAAUGCACGAAUCUCGGGAUGCUUCAGAUGAUUUAAAAGAUGAGCGCAGGACUUGGGUGGAUUGGGUGGAAGCACUGGUGACUGAAAUUUGUUGUCUUUGUAUUCGGAGAAACUUGGUAGAUCGAAUGAUAGAAUUGCCAUGGAAUUUGGAUGAGGAGAAAUAUCUCCACAAGAGCCUGUUAGAUUUUGCCAUUGAUGACCCGUCAACAACGAUUGGAAGUCUUCUAGUGGUCUUCUAUCUGCAGCGCUACCGAUACAUUGAAGCAUACCAAGUUGAUCGUAAACUUCAGAAUGUGGAGCAAGACUUUAUUUCAAAAAAUUCUGUCAGUGAAGAAGUCUUAAUCAGAAUGGAAUCGGCAAGUCACUGGAGAACAGGAUUGGUUGCUAAAAGCAUCAAGUUACUUCCUGAAGUUCAACAGCAACAAGUAAAGACUGGCAAAUUGCCUGAACUUGUUUUUCCUGCAUUAGAAGUUGAUAUUCCUGCAAAUUCUGAUAUUCCCGAGGUACAAGAACCGAAUUCAACCAGUUUAUUAGUUCCCUCUUCCAUUGAUUCUUCCAUUCCUAAUCAGAUGGACAAAGCAACCACUUUCUUGAAACCUUUAGGUCUUGAAACUCCAUCAAAACUUGGUGUGUUUUCCAACAAUUCCCAUUUUGGGCUUGGAAAGUACGGCUCUCCUUCCAUUCCCCAUGGGAGUUUAUUUAUGUCUGUGGAAAGAGGACUGAAGUCUCAAAGUGGUAUCGGUGAGAAUUUUAAAUUUGAAGGUAUGACAACUCCUGGAACUCAUCGUGCUAGUCCUAUGACUGCAACACCACUAAAAGAAUUUAACAGAAAUUCAUCUAGAGUGCCUUGGAAUAGCAGCUUCCUAGAUCAUCAAUUUGAUAAAGUCUCACCAGAAAAGGAGGAACAAAAUGGUUUCACUAACCGAUUCCAAAAUACUAGGCCACACUCCACGGUUCUGGCUGAUCCUGUAACUCCACUUAGCGGCAACCAUUUCUUGUCUAAAGAUUCAGCUCAACAAACUCCUUAUCUAGAUGCAUCCAGUAAACAGGUCCCAUCAGAUAGAUCUGGUAGGCCCAGGAAAGUGGUUCCAGAAGACGAUCAAAUGGACAUUUCCUGGAGCCAUGGAGAGAAGGAUUCUGUCGAGUACACAACUGCAAAUGGUGGACUGAGAUGGAGGUCUGAUGAUACCAGUGAAGAUGAAGAGCAGCAGAGUCCGGAUAGACUCACUGGAGCAGCUUCUCAAGCAACACCCGCUAGGAAAUUCAGAAGAAGCAGGUUUGCCCGGAGAUGAUUUCACCUAUCUUCUACCCAUAGCAAAAGACGACCACCUUCCAUGAUUCGGAGGCUCCAACAGCUCAAAGCAGUUAAAACCUGCAAUUUUUACGUGAGAUUGUUCUGCUGCCAAAGUUUCCAGUUGAGGGCGGCAUUCUACCGUAUCUUAGCACUUUCUUAUACCUGAGAUGUGGUGAGGUAGAUGGCAGGUUUGAUCAGCUAUUUUUGUAUCUUAUAUUAAGUAAUCAAUAGCCCUUACUAGUGUUUGAAGUUUCAAUUUUUUUUAGUACCUUACCAUAUUAUGUAAUCUUUAAUAUCUAUAGGUUUAUUUUAACAUAAUUUUCCCCUUCAAUGUUUGGUCUAUCUAUUGGAUUCUAAAGAAAUAUGUGAGGAGUAAUGCUACAAACACCUAUUGGUUGUGUUAAACUCAAUGAUUGCCAUAUCAGUCGUUAACAAAAAUCGAUUGGCGAUUUAUCUUUUUUCAGAUAUGUAUAUAUAUAUAUUUUUUUGUAAUUGCA